UUUCAAUCUCUUUUCUUUCUCCUGUCCUCAAUUUUCAGUGACUUUGUAGGGAUAUGGAUUUUAGGGUAACCCCCAAAUCCUUCGAUAUUUUCUUGUAUCGGUUCUUUCUUGUCUAUGAGAAAACAGGGAAGCUAUUCAAAGUUCUGCAUUAUGGUUACGGUCAGAAGUAUGAGCAACAUUUUGUUACUUACAUGACAAGGGAAAUUUAGGGUUUGGUGAUCAUCGCAACCAGGUGGUUUCUAUUCACGUGCGGUCAUCCGACAGAUCUCUGAAAACAAGAUACGGACGUUUCAAGUUAGGGCAAAAGCCGGGUCGUGGCAAGAACCCUACUCGCAUACUGGGAGGAACAUGGAUCUUGCAGAAAGAGCUGCAAUGUUUAGAAACCAAAACAGAUUGGCUUUUCUCCAUCAUCUCUCUGUGUCUGAAAAUGGGGAGACCACCAUGCUGUGACAAAUCCAAUGUCAAGAAAGGUCUUUGGACCCCCGAAGAAGACGCCAAGAUUCUUGCUUAUGUCUCCAUCCACGGUGUCGGGAACUGGACUCUGAUUCCCAAGAAAGCAGGACUGAAUCGAUGCGGAAAGAGUUGUAGAUUGAGAUGGACUAAUUACCUGAGACCUGACCUGAAGCACGACGGUUUCUCUCCACGAGAAGAAGAACUCAUUAUUCAGUACCACAAAGCCAUUGGUAGCAGGUGGUCUUUGAUUGCCAAAGAACUGCCAGGAAGAACAGAUAACGAUGUGAAGAACUACUGGAACACGAAGCUGAAGAAGAAGCUGAUCAAAAUGGGGAUCGAUCCCGUUACUCAUAAACCCGUUUCUCAGGUCCUUUCUGACUACGGACACAUAAGCAGCCAUGGAAACCCACAAAACCCAUCUGAAACUUUUGUCAGAAGCUUCAACACCACGUCAGUUCUUAACCCUGAACCAUCCAAUUCUCUCCUCACAUCCAUUUCGGCCGUGGAAAUGAUCAUGAACUCAAACCAAGAAUCUUAUAACUCACCUAUCCUCACAAACCCUUCACCUGAAUUUCUGAAUCCCUGCUUCCUUUCUAACCAAUCACCUUAUCUGUUCAAUGAGGUCACAUCUUCGUGUUCUUCCUCAUCAUCUUCUGCUAGUAUCACUCAGCCAAACCCUCUGUCUCAGGCUCAAGCACCGGAAUUAUCAUUCUGCUGGAGCGAUUAUCUUCUUGCUGACACGGGAUUACCUCUGAAUACUCAGCGGCCGGAACAACUUGACGCACAAAAUGCACUGUCCUCAGCCUCUAGCAACCUUUCUUUGGUGCAGAACGAGACUCAGAACAGAAACAUCAAUGGCGAAGAUGAGUACAGUUCUCAGAAAAUCGCAGCUGAGGCCUCUGGAAUGUAUGAUCUUCACUCCAUGGGUUCAUUUGUGGAUGAAAUAUUGGACCGUGACCAAGAGAUGCAGUCGCAAUUUCCUCAGCUCCUGAAUGAUUUUGAUUAUUAAGACCUUUUUCUUUGAUGAACUCUUAAGUGCAGCAAUAGCUUAUGAUUAAGCAGUUUGUGAAAACAAGAACUAUGUUGAUUCACUAUGUUUCUUUCCCCUUGUUACAGUUUAA